UGAGGAAAACAGUUUCCUGUCUUGACGUCAUUUCCGGCCGCCAACCCCGACAGCCCCUUUUCGCGGUAAAAUGAAAUAACCAUUGAUUGGAUUUAUUCCGUGUAGUUUAAUGCAGUUGGUAAGACACCGAGGGGUUUAACGUCGAGCAGUUAAUUUAAUCCGAUUGUUGAUGUUUUUUCUAGCUAAUGUAAAGCUAGCGUUAGCAUCACUAUUCUUUUGACGCCGAGAACUAAAUUAUUAACCCAAACCACCAGAGGUCCAACAACAGUCGACAGCAAAGCAAUGGCGCUUGCAACAGCAGAAAGUUUAAAGGCGCAGCUGGACAUCUUCUGCAUAUCCUGCGAGGAUGACUCGGUCCUAGAGAGGAUGGUUGAGCAGUGCAUCUGUCACAGAAUUCAGGAGGAUGACAUGGUGUGUGAGUGGAUGGCCUACAACAGCAGGAACCCCAAACCUCUCACCAUGAACACGCUGGAGCAGUUUGAACACGAGGUUUUAAACAAGAGGAACAAGUUCAAAUCAGGCCUGAAAAAAGAAGAACCUUAUAACAAAACCAUGGACAUUAACACCUUACAGGACAUAAUAAAAGCUGAGGAGGAAGAGGAGAAUCUCCUCGACUCUUACUCCACUCCAGCAAAGGGUUCUCAGAAACGACCGCUAACCACUCCAGAACACCCGCAGUCCAAGAGGAGUGCUGCUCUGCUGGCCAGCCCCGGCCUGCUGCUGUCUCCAGCCAGCUUCUCUGCCAAUGCCACGCCCUCACAGAAGUACAACCAGCGUGGAGCCAAAGGGGAGGUUGUGGUCACGUUUGGAGCCACGCAGGGAACCCGCUGGGCGGGCAGGAAGAACCCGGCCGCCGGCGUCCAGGUGGACUUUCUGGAAGGGCCUGAAGACUCCCUGCACAGCAGCUACAAAUUCAUGUUCCAGAGGCUGCGCGACGUCAGAAAUGUGUUGGCAGAGAAGAUUGAGGAUCUGGGGGAAACCGUCAGGUCUCACUUCCACAUCGAGGAGUUUGCCAGCGUGUCUCUGCCCGCACAGGACAGCAUAACGGUGUCGGGGCAGAUUUGCUGCGACAGUAACGGCAAACUGAACGCUCAGUCUGUUCUGUUGGAGGCGGGACCGGAGCACGGCGGUCAGCAGGUUGCCGUGGACCUGUCGGAGCUUAAAGAGUACUCCCUGUUUCCCGGUCAGGUGGUAGUUAUGGAGGGAAUGAACACGACCGGAAAAAAACUAGUUGCAUCUAAAAUUUACGAGGGAGUUCCGCUGCCAUUUUACUCCUCAGACAUCAAGACGGAGGCAGAUGAAGUCGCGGAGCCGCUGAACGUUCUGGUGGCCUGUGGACCGUAUACGCCCUCUGACAGCCUGACCUUUGACCCUUUGCUGGACCUCAUCAGCGUCAUCACCAGAGAUCGCCCCGACGUCUGCCUGAUGCUGGGCCCGUUUGUGGAUUCCAGACAUGAACAAAUCGAGAAAGGCCAGGUGACCGAGACGUUCGAGGGCAUUUUCUCCAGAUGCAUUGAGAGCAUUGUGGAUGGAACGAGAAGCGUUGGAUGUCACCUGGUGUUUGUGCCAUCCCAGAGAGACGUCCACCACCCUCUCAUCUACCCUCAGCCGCCAUUCACUCUGCCACACCUCAGCAAGAACCAGAGCCAGCGCAUCACCCUGGUGCCCGACCCGUGCACCCUCCUGAUCGAUGGCGUGACCUUCGGCCUGACCUCCACUGACAUCCUCUUCCACAUGGGAGCCGAGGAAAUCAGCAACGGCAGCGGCUCAGACAGAUUCUCGCGCAUUUUGAAGCACAUGCUGGUCCAGAGGAGUUAUUACCCGCUGUACCCUCCGGCGGAGGAGGUCAACAUGGAUUAUGAGAAGUUCCAGAGCUUCGCUCAGAUUCCUCUCAUUCCAGACGUCCUCAUCGUUCCGUCUGAGCUAAGAUAUUUCAUCAAGGAUGUCCUUGGCUGCGUGUGUUUGAACCCGGGACGGCUCACCAAAGGUCAGGUGGGAGGAACUUAUGGGAGGCUGCUCCUUCAGCGCAGCGCUGCACCAGAGGGAGGACAGAGGAGGAGCCCCUGUUUGGCUGCACAGGUGGUGAAAAUCUGAAAUCAGCUGGUCGCCUCCGUCCUCUCUGACAGUCAAAAAAAAAA